UAGAGAUGUUGUCAGACGCUGGAUUAAGGGCGUCCAGCGCGCGCCAGUAACCUCUCAUGGCGAUUUCAUCUGUUUCACUUGUUAUUGUCAACGGCACAGCAUCAUCUUUUGGGUCUGUUAUUUAAGUGUGGGCUUCAUUUAAUCGCGUCCAUUAACUCUCUUGGACCUCAGAUGUUUUUUGACACCUGACAGCUGUAUGGAUCCUCCAUAGCUUCUUGUGCCGCGUUUCUUUUUGAGAAUUAACAUCCUUUCGUCCCGCUGAAGUGCACAUCUCACUUGUCCACAUGGAUAUUUAUUCCUCUAAACUAUCACCCGCUGUGGAUUAUGGAGUUGGUGCGUUCCUGCUGCUCAUUGCAAUUCUUUCCAUUGUGGGGAAUUUGAUGGUUCUUGUGAUGGCAUACAAGCGGUCGACCCACAUGAAGCCCCCUGAGCUUUUGAGUGUGAAUCUCGCUGUGACAGAUCUGGGAGCAGCCGUCACCAUGUACCCGCUGGCCGUAGCCUCAGCGUGGAACCACCAUUGGAUAGGAGGAGACGUCACCUGUGUGUACUAUGGACUGAUGGGAUUUUUCUUUGGAGCAGCUAGCAUGAUGACCCUGACAAUUAUGUCUAUUGUUCGCUUUAUCGUGUCUCUAACGCUCCAGUCACCCAAAGAGAAAAUCAGCAAAAGGAACGCAAAGAUCCUUGUGGUGACCACAUGGCUCUACGCACUGCUCUGGGCUCUUUUUCCUUUAAUUGGCUGGGGAAAAUAUGGCCCGGAGCCCUUCGGCCUGUCCUGUACUCUGGCCUGGAGAGAGAUUAAGGAACAGAGCCAUUCUUUUGUCAUCACCAUCUUUAUCAUGAACCUCAUCCUCCCAGCCGUCAUCAUCAUCUCAUGCUACUCUGCUAUUGCGCUGAAACUAUACAUCACUUACAAGUCAAUGGAUGACAGCAACCACAUACCCAACAUGAUAAAGAUGCAGCGGCGACUCAUGGUGAUCGCCGUGUUGAUCAGCAUUGGGUUUGUCGGCUGCUGGGCACCGUACGGCAUCGUCAGCCUGUGGUCAAUCUACCGGCCCAGUGACUCAAUCCCUCCUGAGGUCAGCAUGCUGCCUUGUUUGUUCGCCAAGUCGUCCACUGUAUACAACCCGUUCAUCUACUAUAUCUUUAGCAAGACCUUUAAACGAGAAGUCAACCAGUUGGGCCGCCUCUGCGGGAGAUCCAACAUCUGCCGCGCCUCUGAUGCCAAAAACGGCGUGGAGAACACCAUCUACCUGGUGUGCGACGCAAACAAGUCCAAACCUGGAGCAGAAGAACAAACAAUAGAGAAGAGCAGGGAGAAUGAGACUCAACUGAAUCAGUAGGAUCUGUGAUUUGCACUCUUAAGAGUGAAUUUGUACAGAACGCUGAAUAGUGGAAACUUUUGAACUAUUUUUGGAGUGGUCCAUGGACUCUUGAAUGAACUUUUGUGUCUUUUUUCAUUCCACAAGCUGCAAUACUACUUCAUAUCAUCAUAUCGUAUGGCAUAGCGCAUUGCUGUGUGACAUCAGUGAAGCGUUUAGGUGUUAUCUAACGGCUUUUGUGUUAUCUAAGGGCAUUUCGCUGACACAUUCAUUCUAAUACACACAAAUACAGGAUCUUUUCAGUCAAAUGGAAGAACCAAAAAUGAAAAUUGUCAUAAUUUACUCAUCAUGUCGUUCCAAACCUGUAUGACUUUCUUUCUUCUGUGGAACACGAAUAGAGAUACUGUGCAUCUGUUUAAGCUUAUUCUUAUUAUGAGGUGCAUGGUGAUUUAUACUGAUUAAACUCAAUAAAUUAAGCAAUAUUUUAAGCAUAUUUCAUAAAUUAAUUGCAUUCUGAAGCAUGAUAUAAAAUAACUAUUCUAAUAAUUUGAUCUAAUCAGUUGAUUCCGGAUCUAUGCCUCAUAGUCCCAAUCUGAAUAAUGAUUCGCAGACCAUAAUUUUAGAUUCAAUUCAUGAGAUGAUUUGUGAACCCACUCAGAAAUUGCGAUCUAAAUCAAAUGAUUUGCGAUACACGGAAUUCUGAUCUAAAUUAAAUGAUUUGCGAACCCGCAUAAAUCACAAUCAAUCAAAUGAUCUGCGAUUCACACUUCAAAAUUCAGAUCUGAAUCAAAUGAUUCGUGAACCCCCAUAAGUCACAAUCUGAAUCAAAUAAUUCGCAGUCCACGCUCCAAAGUUCCAAGAUGAAUCAAAAGAUUCAGAUUCAGCUGUAUAAGUCCCAAUCUGAAUCAAAUUAUUCUCAAUCUGUGCUCAAAGUCCCGACCUGAAUUAAAUGAUUCGUGUUUCGCAAUCAGUGCUCGAAGUUCCGAUCCCUGAUAGCACACAUACAUCAUGGAGAUGUCUAUUUGAUGUCUGCCUUUACAUCUCCAAGAUGUACUUUUUUAGAGUUUUUGUUCAUCUGCAAUACGUCUACUGGACGUUUCCUAUCAGAUGUCAAAUAGACAAACAGUAGAUGCCUUUAAGAUGUUUAUGAUUUAGAAUGCAUGUAAAACUCACAUCUGAAAGACGUCUGUCAGAUGUUUGUACAUAGCAGAUGCUUUCCAGAUCAGGAGAUCUUUAACACAGAUCUUGCACAUGUAUGUGUGCUAUCUGGUAUAUGAAUCAAAAGAUUCACAAACCUGCUCUGAAGUUCCAAUUUAAUUAAAUGAUUCCCGAUACAUGCUCCGAAUCUCGAUUUUUUGGAGUUCAGAUCCAAAUUAAAUGAUUCGUGAACCCGCUCUAAACCGCAUAAGUCACAAUCUGAAUCAAAUUAUUUAGGAUCUGCGCUCCUAAGUUCUGACCUGAAUCAAAAGUUUUACGAACCCGCUCCGAACGUAUGAUCUUAAUCAAAUGAUACAUGAUACACAAAGUUCCGAUCUAAAUCAAAUGAUUCACAAUAUGCACUUUUAAGUCUUACCUGAAUCAAAUGAUUCAUGAUCCGCGCGAUCCGAUUGAAGCGCUUCGAAACAGUGAAUCAUUUUGUGACGCAAUGGUUUGAUUCCGAGUUCUGAAAAGCUCCGUUUCACACAUCACAUUUUAAAAUCAUUACAAGCUAUGUUGAAAAUCAAAAAUGAAUGGCUCAUUUGAUCUGGUGUUUACAAGUCAAUCACUUAAACUAAAUGAACAAACUCGAACAAACAUUAAGUUUGUAGCUUAAUUCACUAUAUUUUACAUAGUUUGACCACUGCAGUUCAUUUGGUGACAGUUCAAUA